AUGUGCUACACCUACGUCACCCGUCCGUACUGUCCUUGCUGCCGUGUAUUUGUCAAGAAUGUCAACGAAGAAGAUAUUAAGGAAAAAAUCUGCCCUAUUCACGCGCCUUGCAAAGUCCGGCAGCGACGUCCAUUGCGCCGAAGCCCGCGGGUGGACGUAGUCGGGACUGUCUGCGCGGACUGCACCUGGAAAGGAGCAAGGGCACUCUUCGCCCGUUCUACUGCAGCCGAGCGCCAUCGGACCACAUUUCCCCCUCCAGAAGAAGUAUCUCCCGUGCCAAACCCCAUUGGUGCGAAUGGCUCCUACGUGGGCGGGCACGUCGAGGAAAUCCACGUCGAUACCUUGACCCUAGAAGACGGUGCAGACUUCGAAGCACAAGGCGCCUCCUAUCUCGGAACUGAGCUGAUGAAGGAACUCGGCGAGCAGGAGAUGCAGCCCACGUAUCCCGCGAGAAGACAUUCUGGUGCGCUCUCGACCGCGCUGAGCAGCUCUUCUGACUCAAUCCAGGGCUCAUCUCACUGCUGCUCCGUGCCGAAGAGGGACUCCGCCCACAUCGGAUCCGUCCCUAUGGGUCUCGGCGUGCCAGGCGCACCGACAAUGCCCAGAGCCGACCGCUUGAGACUCGCCGCUGCCGCCGCCGCAUGGGCUGCAUUGGCAAAGUCCUCACCAUCACCACCCAGGAAUGCUGGCUCGAGAAGACACAGUCGUCCCUACGACCCGGCUACUCCGCCAAGGCCGCGAUCAUACCACCAACCCCAGCGCCAGUCCAUGGGUCCACCCGCUCAUGGUGGUGCUCACAAGAGGGAAAACGUUGCACGUAAGUGA